GGGUUUCUCUCCCUUCCCUUCCCUCCCCUCCCCGUAUGCCUCUCCGUCCUCCCUUCCCCGAGCUCGCAUUAGGAUUAGCCGGAGGGAGGAAGGAAACCAGGAAAAUAUAAUAUAAUAUAUUAUAAAAAGAGAGGAAAAGUGAAAAAGGUUCGAGAAGAACUCAGGAAAGCCCAAUCGAGAAGAGGCUUCUUAUAUUUUUUGGUCGCGCAAGAAAAGUCCCCUUGUUUGUUUAUUUAUUUUUCUUUCCUAACGCUUCCCUUUUAAUUAUUCCUCCCUCCCUCCCUCCCUCUUUUAAAUUGCCUUGCUGCUAGCGGAUCCAGGCCUGCUACAUAUAUAAUAAUACGUAUAUGUAUAUAUUUUGAAUCUUUAGGGGUGGCAGCAGGGGAGAGAGGAGGUUGGCUUUCCUUUGUUCCUUUCCUCUUUUUCUCCCUACCUGCAUUGUUCGCACCUUGUUAUCUCGAGAGUGGAUCUCUGAUGGGAUGGGUGUUUAGGUGAGUGUCGGCUAGAUCUCAACUCGAACUGGGUCAAUAGAGUGUUUCCUGAAGUGAUCCUUCUGGUAACCCCUCUUUUUCUCUAUCUUUCUUCUCCUACUCUGCUCCUCGCCAGUCUUUCCUUUUCAGAAUCCUCUGGGGUUUGUUUGGGAAGGCGUUGAGGCGAAAGACCGACAGUCCAGCUCCAUAGUAUUGUCUUGCGUAGCUUCCCAGCAAACGCCCCCUCUCCCUCCAGCCCCGAACAAACAAACAAUCAUCAAAAGAGACGAGAUCGAGACUCUUUUUUUUUUUUUUUUAAUUUUUAUUUUUAUAGAGAAACGAAAGGAAAGCAGGAAGGGCGCUUCUUGCGCAUAUAAAUCCUUCCAGAUCAGCCCCAUUAUUCUCCCGGCCGGACAUUCCAUCCCUCUUCGCUUCCAUUUCUAUACUUCUCUUCUUUCGCCUUCGCCCUCCUCCUCCGCCGCAACUCCGAGGGAGACCAUGGAGAGGGUGUCGUCGACGACGAUACUCCCGGAAACGCUCCAGGGGGCUCGGGACGACAUCACAGAGCAGAUGGGGCUGGUGUGGCAGCAGAUCAAGGCGCCGGUUAUCGUCCCCUUGCUCCGCCUCACGGUGUUCCUCUGCCUGGCCAUGUCGGUGAUGCUGUUCGUCGAGAAGGUGUACAUGGCCGUCGUCAUCGUCAUCGUCAAACUCUUAGGGAAGCGGCCCGAGAAGCGCUACAAAUGGGAGCCCAUGCGGGACGACCUCGAGCUCGGCAACUCCGCUUACCCCAUGGUCCUCGUCCAGAUCCCCAUGUACAACGAAAAAGAGGUGUAUCAGCUGUCCAUCGGAGCCGCAUGCGGGCUAUCGUGGCCGUCGGAUCGGAUCAUAAUCCAAGUGCUUGAUGACUCCACCGACCCUGUUAUUAAGGAUCUGGUGGAGGUGGAGUGCAAGAGGUGGGCGAGCAAAGGGAUCAACAUCAAGUACGAGAUCCGGGACAACCGGAACGGAUACAAGGCCGGGGCGCUCAAGGAGGGCAUGAAGCACAGCUACGUCAAGGACUGCGACUACGUCGCCAUCUUCGACGCCGACUUCCAGCCGGAGCCCGACUUCCUUAGCCGCACCAUCCCUUUCCUCGUCCAUAACCCCGAGAUCGCCCUCGUCCAGGCCCGCUGGAAGUUCGUCAAUUCGGAUGAAUGCUUGAUGACAAGGAUGCAGGAGAUGUCCCUGGAUUACCACUUCACUGUGGAGCAGGAAGUGGGAUCCUCAACCUAUGCCUUCUUUGGCUUCAAUGGUACCGCUGGGGUGUGGCGGUUAUCAGCUCUUAGUGAAGCAGGAGGUUGGAAAGAUCGGACCACAGUAGAAGACAUGGAUUUAGCUGUUCGAGCAAGCCUUAAGGGUUGGAAGUUCGUAUUCCUUGGAGACAUCAAGGUUAAAAAUGAACUACCAAGUACUCUCAAGGCUUACCGUUACCAGCAACACAGGUGGUCUUGUGGACCAGCAAAUUUGUUCAGAAAAAUGUUGUUGGAGAUUGCAAGGAACAAGAAAGUAUCUCUCUUCAAGAAAGUGCAUGUGAUCUACAAUUUCUUCUUUGUGCGGAAGAUUGUAGCCCAUAUUGUAACCUUUGUGUUUUACUGUCUGGUAAUCCCUGCAACUGUUUUGGUCCCUGAGGUGGAGAUACCAAAGUGGGGUGCAGUUUAUAUCCCCUCGAUCAUUACCCUUCUCAAUGCUGUUGGAACUCCAAGGUCUCUUCACUUGCUCGUCUUUUGGAUCCUUUUCGAGAAUGUCAUGUCUUUGCACAGAACGAAAGCAACUUUGAUUGGCCUGUUGGAAGCAGGGAGAGUGAAUGAAUGGGUGGUCACAGAGAAGUUGGGAGAUGCUUUAAAGAUGAAAAUGGCCACCAAAUCCGCCCGGAAGCCACGGAUCAGGAUAGGUGACAGAUUACAUCUGUUGGAGCUUGGUGUUGGAAGCUAUCUCUUCUUCUGUGGGUGUUAUGAUGUGGCCCUUGGAAAGAACCAUUACUUCAUAUACCUCUUCGUCCAAGCAGCUGCUUUCUUCAUUGUUGGUUUUGGUUAUGUUGGCACCUUCGUCUCCCAUUCCUAAUGGACCUUGGCUGGAUGUCUUGCCAAUGCCUUUGAUAUUCAUUGUUCUGCCAUCAUGUCUUUCUGACGUCAUGCAUAUACGCAUGAUCAGCCUCAUUUGAUGUUUGUGCCACAGAACAAAUUCAUGUAUAGGAAGCUCCAUUAGUCUCCACUGCUGCGAAGCAUUCUUGCGUGGAUAGAAUUCACUUGUGAAUAGUCUAUUUUAUAAGUACAAGUGUUGCUGUCUGCAGAAAUCUAUUAGACACAAAGGAGAUCAGAGACAAUGAACAAGCAGGAAGUUUUGGGUCUCCUUCAGAGAAGCUGCAGCAGCAGAGAUAAAACUUUAAUCUGAUGUUGAUAAUGUGUAAAGAAACACGUUUAGAUGGAUUUUGAGUGGUGGAUUUUUCAAGUUUUUCUUCUUCCCCUUUUCUUUGCAAGUUUAUGUUUGAGAGAGAAAAAUAAGAUGAUAGCAUUAAAGUGAAUUUCGGAAUUGCUUUUUUUUAUUAUUAUUAUUUCUAUCUUAGCCUUUUGCUUUGUAAUAGGGAGAUGGCACAGGUGGUCGGUUUUGGGUAAAAUUUACUGUUCCAUGCUC